AGCAGAAUCUUGGCGUUUCAAUCCCACAAGCCUAUUUUCUCUGCUUUGUCCAAAAAACCCCUCGCCCUGCUCUCUCUCUCUCUCUCUCUCUAGAUUCUCUUCUUUCCAAUUCUAUAUUUAUUUAUAUACAGUUUCACCAUCUCUUUUUCUCUGUUGUUGAGCUCCGUUUUGGAGGAAGAGAGGAUCUGAGGUUGGUUUUGAGGGGGAUCAGCUAUGGGUUCGAUUCCGCCUGAGCUGAGUUUGGAUUUGAGGCCCAGUUAUAUGCCCAAAACGAUUAACGAUUUUCUCAGCGGGAUUUCCACGAUCGGCGAUGUCUCUGAGAGGGUGACGAAGCUUGAUGAGUUUUUGAAGAGGCUGGAGGAGGAAAUGAGGAAGAUCGACGCCUUUAAGCGCGAGCUUCCUCUCUGCAUGAUUCUCCUAAGCGAUGCGAUUCUAGCCUUGAAAGAGGAGUUGUUGAGGUCUAAAGCUUCAAAUGUUCAACCAGUACUGGAAGAAUUCAUUCCAUUGAAGAAAGAUUGUGAUGAAGAAGGUGGGGCAAAGGAGGAAAAGGAAUGUAAAGAUAAAAAAAAUUGGAUGAGCUCUGUGCAGCUCUGGAACAGUGAUGAUUCUGCCUCUACUGAUCACAUCUAUGAUAAAAAACAAGACUCUAAAUUAGAAAUUAAACAGAGAGUUGAUGAAGAGAAUCGCCCUGCUACUGAGGAUCCAUUUCAGCCAUGUAAAAGCAGGACUGGGGGAAGAGCAUUCUUGCCAUUUAAGGGAUACUCGGGUUUUCCGGUGGCCACUGCUAGGAAGGAAGAUAAGGAUGAAUUGCCGGUCCAUGGACUUUCUCUUCUCACUCCAGGGAUUAAAAAUCCCAGGGAAGAAUCCGGUUCUAGUGGUUCAAAAACUAGUUGUAGCAGAGGAGUCUCCUCCUCUGCACCCAAUCUUCAACCCAAUUUACGGACCGGACCACAGCCACCACAGCAGCAGACCGCCCGGAAGCAAAGAAGAUGUUGGUCACCUGAGCUGCAUCGACGGUUUGUCAAUGCCUUGCAGCAACUUGGGGGCUCACAAGCAGCUGCCACCCCAAAGCAGAUUAGAGAACUCAUGCAGGUUGAUGGCCUCACCAAUGAUGAAGUGAAGAGUCAUUUGCAGAAAUACAGACUUCAUACUCGAAGAAUGCCGACUACCUCAGCUGCCCCGCCUUCCAAUCAACCUGUUGUAGUAUUGGGAAGUCUGUGGAUGCCCCAAGAUCAGUAUGGUGACUCCUCAAAGGCGAGUAGUUCUCAGUCUGCUUCCCCCCAAGGUCCCCUCCAGUUAGGCGGAGCUGCUGGAGGGACCUCAACUACAGGUGGGGACAGCAUGGAAGAUGAUGAAGAUGAGAAAUCUGAGAGCUAUGGCUGGAAAAGUCAAGUUCACAAAUCUGUAAAAGAGGAUGUAUAGAACUCAUCCCCCAUGAAUUUUGCAGAUAAAAAUAGACAUGGGAGGGUAAAUGACUAUAAAAAUAAUACAGUAUACGUUAAGACAAUGGAUCUUGAGAGAGAGAAUGUGAAAUUUUGCAGGAUUAGCUUCCCUGGUGUCUUGAAUUCGAGUUUUGUUUCUUGUUCUUGUGGGGUAUAAGGAACAUAAAGUAAGAUCCAUGUGUGCAUGGGACAAAUAAACAGGAUCAUUUUCUCCA